CAACACCACCUGUGAGAUAUGAAAAAGGUAGAAGCUUUCAGCAGAACAGCUUCUCCAGAUGCCAUAGAUAUAUCUGGCUAUAACCCCACAGCUGACCAGCUGGAUCCAGGACGAGUCACCGACCUUGACAUUGCUAUACAAAACAAACUCAGUCAGACCGUGACCUUGUCUUGGACUGCUCCAGGGGAUGACCUGAAUGUCGGAAGAGUUGCCAAAUAUGAGUUGCGCGUCGCGGUGACGUUUGCGAGCCUCAGAGUUAACUUUACACAAGCUGCGAUGGUUAAGAACAAAGACUUAGUCACUGGAAACAUGGAUCCACUUCCGGCAGGAGCGCAGCAAAUGGUCACGAUCCGGCUACCGAGCAACUGGUCAGAGUGCUUUCUAUGUUUUGGGCUUAAAGCGUUCGACGAAGCCAGUCGCCAGUCAGAGUUGUCGAACCUUCGUUCCAUCACCUUGCAGCCUCUCACCAUUCCCCAGCAAAACCCUGCCCCUGAGCCGGCCAGUAGUGCCACCAACUUCUUGAUAUGGGUCGGAGUAGGCCUGGGAGCGGCCGUCGCUCUUGCAGUUGUACUGGUUGUCAUUAUCUGUAUUUGCACAAGGAAAUCUAAAACUAAGGAAAAUCCGAUAUAAAGCUCUAUGGCAAAGGCGAUGUUGUUUUCAUUUCAUUUUUUAGCGUUCACGUAAUUAAUAAAACAUACAUGUGUAAGUUUGCAAUAUACAUUUUAUCGUCUGAAUUUCCUAAUAA